CUAUCGGCACACUCACCCCUAGCCGUAUCCCUCUCCCCUCCCGCAGGUUGCCUAAGCUCUGGGGAGCAGCUACGUGGACCAGAGCUGGCCCUUUAAGGACUAGGAGGUGCGCUGUCUCUUUAAGGCAGGUCCUUGUGGUUUCUGUUUUCUGAAGGAAGUGACGGGGGGAUUGAAUGAAAAGUGCAGAACCCAGUUAAAGCGGGCGGGAGUCGGGGACCGAGGGAACAGCUGGGUCCGGGCGAGAUUGGCCAACUGGCCAUGCCCUGGGGGCUCCCGCUCUGAUACGCCGCGCGGCUUCUCGGCACUGGCAGCGUUCCCAGGCUCAGCCCAUGUGCCCAGCGCGUACCGCUGGAUAGAGGCAGAGUCUCCUCGGGGGUCCAGCUCUCCCCUCCCUACCCCCAGCUCCAAACUUGGUACCAACUUCAGCCAAAGUUUGGCAACUCCUCCUCCCCCGACCGGUGCGUCGGGGGUGAGGAGGGGGCCCACGGGGCUGAGAAGGGGAGCGGCGGACUCCGCUUCUGCCGCCCCUGGGGAUGCGCUCCCUCCGGCGCAGAGUCCCGCAUCCUGCCCAACUGCUUCUCCUGCUGCUGCUGAUCCCUGGGUUGCAGGCGCCGGCCGGGGGGUCCUCGGGGCUGUCCGAGCUGAAGGUCCGAGUGCGACUGCCAGAUGGCCAGGUGACAGAGGAAACCCUGCAGGCUGACAGUGAUGCUGACUGCAUCAGCCUGGAGCUGCAUAAGCCCGACGGGACCCUCAUCUCCUUCACUGCAGACUUCAAGAGGGAUGUAAAGAUCUUCCGAGCCUUGAUCCUGGGUGAGCUGGAGAAGGGCCAGAGUCAGUUCCAGGCUCUCUGCUUCAUCACAAGGCUACAUCACAACGAGAUUAUUCCCAGUGAGGCCAUGGCUAAACUUAGGCAGAAAAAUCCUCGAGCGGUACGUCAAGCUGAAGAGGUACGGGGUCUGGAACAACUCCACAUGGACAUGGCUGUCAAUUUCACCAUGGGAGCAUGGCUGAGCCCCCAUAUCCAUAACGUGUGUGCCGAAGCCCGAGAGGCCAUCUACACUCGGGAAGAGGACGUCAGAUUCUGGCUACAGAGAGGUGUGGACGGCUCCAUCUUUGAAAUGCUGCCCUCACAGCCCGCUGACCUCUCUAGCCUCCGACGCUGUCGCCAGGUAGGCGACCGAUGGAAGCCUUGCCUCUGUCACUACGGACUCAGCUUGGCCUGGUACCCCUGCCUGCUCAAGUACUGCCACAGUCGGGAACCUAGUGGCCGCCUUUCCUCCUAUAAGUGUGGCAUCCGCAGCUGCCAGAAGAGCUAUAAUUUUGACUAUUAUGUGCCCCAGAAACAACUCUGCCUUUGGGAUGAGGAUGCCUAGCCAGGGUGGGGGAGGGCACUGAGUUGGGGAGGGGUGAGGUGAGGCAGAGAAAGAGGCUCACUCAUCCCAGCUGGAGCCUCAGGUCCCUGCUCUCUGACUGUCAAAGGGAUGAGGUGAACACCAGAGCUGAUUUCAGAGCACCCCUUCUCCCCAGUCCCUGCUCCCCACUCCUUUACUGGGGUAAGGGGAAGAGCCCAUACCAGUCCCUUUCCCUUAAGGUAUGUCAUUUUCAAGUAACCAGAAUGUGACCGUUUCUUUUUAUUUACCUCUUUCAAGAAAACCCUGCUGAGGUGGGGGGAGAGGAAAGGGAAAUAUAACAAAUCCCAUCUGCUCUGCCCCUCUCUCCCCACACUCAUACUUCUCCUCCCUCCCUUAGUAGGAGCCCAUACAAAUCCGUUCCUCAAGGAGCUUCUGUUUGACAGUUCUGCCCCCCCCAGCAAGAGAACUUUUGGGGACACCCCCCUCUAAAGGCAUGGGAGUAGGGGUAGCAGGUGAUAUCAAAGAGUUACUCAGUGGUACUGAAGGAAAGAGGGAUGAGGGCCAGAGUGGAUCACAAGCCAUAGCCCCCACCCCUUAGGAAGUCAGGAAUAUGGGUACAAGGGGUAAGGUGGGGUGGAGAGAUCUCCCCAGUCCUGCCCCUACCCAACCACAGUGCCUUUAUCCUCCAGCUAACCAGUGUGAUUACCAGCAAUAUUUUUUUCCAUUGCAUAAAAUUAUUUUUGUAACAAUGGGGGGUGGGAGGGGAAGGGUUGAAUUCCAGAUUUUUAAUGCAAAGUAUUUAUCAUUUGUACCAGAAAUAAAUGAAGUUUUUACUUUA